AUGAGUGUUGCUGAACGCAUCCCUUUCCUCGUUCUCGCACCCAAAGGGCUAAAUCCCAGCAAGCCAAAGCCUGUGUCCGAAUCUCGAACAUGCAGCUCCUGCCACAAGCUUCUACCUUCCAUAUAUGACUUCAAAUGGUGUGAAGAGUGUAGGCUGAAGGACAGGGAGAAGGCGAGGCUGAAGAAGGAGAGACGCCUGGAGCGUCUGCGUCUGCAGGACAUGGCACAGGCCGAGAAGUCGAAUACGCAAUUGACGGAUCCAGGUGGAAACCCGAUCACGUCCGGAAGUCCCAAGUCUGACGGUAAAGCGUCUCAAUCUUCUGGUGUUGGCGUUCUACUCGGGAAAAGAAAGGCGGUGGAAUUGGAUCGAGGAGAACAUGGCGGUGGCGCAGAUUUCGUGGACGUGGAAGGCUACGUUCAAUUUCAGACCGCUCCAGCGCUGCUCGAUGCACUAUCCUCUACACUCAAGGCGUACUAUGACGCGUGUUUAUCUGCGUCAACGCCCCCGCCGUACAUUAGCUUCUGUGGCACGUACUCCAUCGUUGCCGACCCCAAAAUCCCUCAGUGGAAACGCGUUGAGCUGGUAUCAACGGAUCUGAGGAAGAUCGCAAAGCUCCCACACAGCAACAAAGAAUAUAACAAGGCAAUGUCGACGAAGAACUGGACAGAGACUUUCCAGUGCGAUUGCAGCCGCGGACGCGUUCGACCACCGUCGAUCUACAUCCCUCGAGCACGGUCGUUCAACAUCCCUCUAUCCUCUUCCCCCACCUCUAUUCCAGCGCUCGCAGAUCAGUCAUUGCAAUCACCCAGCUCCUCAGAUCCUCCAACCAAAGCACCGCUGAAACGCACUCAAAGUAGCCUGUCGCACUGGAUCCUCAGCUCUAGCGUGAAGUCACCGUCUACGGAAGGUACAGGGACUGAAGUGGUGGGCGCGUCUGUUCAAGCCGACAGCCUGCCAGGCUGCGGAGGGAAGGUGCACAUCAGCGCAGAGGAGGACGACACGCAUCCGCAGGCGCAUCUGUUUAAGGGACAGAAGAUCGUUGUGGUCAUCGAACAUCCUCAUGACGCUGAGGAAAUCCCGAUGGACACGGAGCCAUAG